CCGUUCGUUUGCGGAAGUCGUUUUGGACUGCAUCGUCGUGAGAGGAAAAGUAUUGUGAGAAAACGUACACUUCAUUUUGCUUAAUAAAAAAUAAUCUGCGUAGCGACAACACCGUUUUGAAGUUUACUGCCCGUCGUUGUUUUGAUACCUGGAUCGUCAGAUAACGCUAUGUCCAAAACAUCGAGGGGGGACGCAAAGGACGAAUCUAAACAUCUGCCGAUAUAUCGCCACAAAGCCAAGCUGGUUGAGGCUGUCAAAGCUAGUACUUUUCUGGUAGUUACCGGAGAAACGGGCAGCGGGAAAACUACACAACUCCCGCAGUACCUGUAUGAAGCUGGUUUCUGUAAAAAUGGCAGGAUUGGUAUUACCCAGCCCCGCAGAGUGGCUGCCAUCACAGUGGCCCAGAGGGUCUCCCAGGAGAUGCAAUGCACUCUGGGUAGGGAGGUUGGCUACCAAGUCCGCUUUGAUGACUGCACGUCACAGGACACAGUGGUAAAAUACAUGACUGAUGGAUGUUUGCUCCGAGAGAUCCUGGCAGACCCUGGACUUUCCCAGUACAGCGUUGUAAUAUUGGAUGAAGUUCAUGAGCGCAGCCUCAACACAGACAUUCUCCUGGGUUUAUUAAAGAAAAUAUUCUCUAAAGCAACAAAGAGCCGAUCUUUCCCUGUAAGGGUGGUGGUGAUGUCUGCCACCUUAGAAACCGACAAGCUUUCAGCCUUUCUUGACAACUGUCCCGUAUUUACUAUACCUGGGAGGAUGUUUCCUGUGACUUGCACUUUUGGCUCAGCGGUGGGACCUAAGGACACAGAAAGUACUGCUUAUGUGAAAGAGGUUGUGAAAAUGGUGCUUGAGGUGCACACUAGUGAAAUGGCUGGGGAUAUCCUGGUGUUUUUAACUGGUCAGACAGAGAUUGAGCGCGCCUGUGACUUGCUGUUUGAAAAAGCAGAGUCUAUAGACUAUCGCUAUGAUGUACAGGACCAGACAGUGGAUGGCCUUCUUAUUUUGCCCCUUUACGGAUCCAUGCCAACUGAUCAACAGAGGCAGAUCUUUCAGCCAUCACCUCCAGGAAUAAGAAAAUGCGUAGUGGCUACUAACAUUGCAGCCACAUCUCUCACCAUUAACGGCAUAAUCUACAUCAUAGACAGUGGCUUUGUGAAGCAACUCAACCACAAUUCAAGAGUGGGAAUGGAUGUCUUGGAAGUGGUGCCUAUUUCAAAGAGCGAGGCACAGCAGAGAGCAGGCCGAGCUGGAAGAACCUCAGCUGGUAAAUGCUUUCGAAUCUAUACAGAGGAGUUCUGGCAGAAGUGCAUGCCUGAAUAUACCAUUCCAGAGAUCCAGAGGACAAGUCUCACAGCAGUGGUACUAACACUCAAGUGCCUGGGUGUUCAUGAUGUCAUUAGGUUUCCCUAUCUGGAUUCCCCAGAGGAGAGGUUUAUUCUAGAAGCAUUAAAGCAGCUUUAUCAGUUUGAUGCUAUUGACAGGAGAGGAAGAGUGACUCAGCUUGGGAAGCUGAUGGUGGAGUUUCCCCUGCACCCGGGCCUCACCAGGGCUUUGCUCAAAGCCGCCUCGCUCGGUUGCGAAGAUAUGUUGCUCUCUGUAGCUGCCAUGUUGUCUGUGGAGAACAUCUUUAUUAGGCCAGGGCAUCCUGAGAAGCAGAAAGAAGCAGAUAAAAAGCACAGAGCGCUAGCUGCUAAGUGUGGUGGCACGAAUGAUUUUGCCACGCUGUUAACUGUGUUUCAGGCAUGUAAAUCCAGUGACAGACCCUCAGCAUGGUGUAAAGAGAACUGGAUCCACUGGAGGGCGCUAAAGUCUGCCUUCAGUGUGGAGACUCAGCUGCGAGAGAUCCUCCUCCGCCUGCAACAGAUGCGAGAUUUUCCUGUAGAAACAUUUGAUGGAAAUAAGAAUGAGCUCUUCAGACGAUGCCUGUGCACAGGAUACUUCACCAAUGUUGCCAGAAGGUCUGUGGGAAAAGUGUUUUGUACAAUGGAUGGUCAUGGAUCCAUGGUUAACAUCCAUCCAUCAUCUUCUCUGUUUGACCAGGAUGCAGAGCUAAACUGGAUCAUAUUUCAUGAUGUGCUGGUGACUUCCCGGGUGUACAUCAGGACAGUGUGUCCAAUUCGAUAUGAGUGGGUGAAGGACCUAUUACCUAAACUCCAUGAGGUGGACGUGUAUGAAUUGAGCAGUGUGGCGAGAGAAGAAGUAACUGAUGAGGAGAUGACAAAAUGGGAGAUGAGGGAAGCAGCUAAAAGACUUCCAGAGGUUUCUACUGAGGACGUAAUAAAAAAGAUGGAGAAGCGCAACAAUGAAGCCACUGUCAGCGAUGCGCGUGCUCGAUAUCUGCAACGAAAACAGCAAAGACAACAAAAUAAAGCUCUUUGAUCAUUUGCUACUGUCAUACGUGUAUCGGAAAUGGGUAUUUUAUACAACAGUUUUUAGUAAUAAACGUUUUAUCACAUUU